AUGAAUCGUCACUUCAUUGUCACGAAAAUGAAGAACACUGUUCUUCUGCUUAUUUUGGCUUUGUUCUUUAUAUCUCUAAGAGACGAUGGACUCCAAAUGCCGAACACCGACCUCAAGCCUGGGCUGUUGAUGCAAAUGAUGGGAGGUCUCCAGUGGGAAUGGGGACCUCCCCCAAGCCCUGUCACCCCACCGGAAGCCCCCGCUGGCUAACUUUUCUUUCUGUGUUUUAAUUUUUUUAUAAAGGGUUGUAUUG